UUUUAAAAUGUCACUUUUUAAUUUUUCGUUUGUUAUUGUUUCCGAACACCUCCUUCAGCAAAUUUGUUGUAGCAACUCUGUUUAAUUUUCUUAUUACGGCGAAAAAGUCACAAGACCUGUCAGCUGAAUUUUGGUUGGUCGUAUUAGCAAAAGACGAAAAAUUUUUCCUAGGCAAUUUCUCGGCAAUUUUGUGAAGUAAAAAUGUCUGACGUCAAGGAUUUAAUGAAUUUACCCGACGAAAGUGUAGAUAUGAUUGCAGCCACUUCGGUGUUGCAACAACAAGCUGCUGACAUCCGUUCCAAAACCAUCAACUGGGCUUCGUACAUGCAAUCUCAGAUGAUUUCCCAGGAGGACUAUCAUUGCAUUACUGCUCUGGACAAAUCAAAAGCUGCUUACUUGCAAUCGAACCCCGCACAGGCUGUCAAAACUUUGUUGAAUCUUUUGUCCCAUGUCUCCAAAGACUCAACCAUUCAGUAUAUCCUUGUCAUGAUUGAUGAUUUAUUGCAAGAAGAUCGUUCUCGUGUCGACUUCUUCCACGAAUACUGCUCUAAACAUAAGGAAUGCGUUUGGGGUCCCUUCCUCAAUUUGUUGAAUCGUCAAGAUGGUUUCAUUGUCAACAUGUCUUCACGCAUCUUGGCUAAAAUGGCCUGCUGGGGUCAUGAAAUGAUGCCCAAGUCAGACUUGAACUUCUAUUUGCAAUUCUUGAAAGAUCAAUUGACCGUUCAUUGCAAGGCCUACAUUAAUGACAUGGCUAGUUUAGCUAAACGUGUCCAAACAAUUGUGGUACACUCACACGCACAUAGCAAAGAUCAUCAUGGCAAAGAGCAUCAUGGUAAUCAGUAUAGUCCCUAUGGAGCCCAUCAUGAUCAGCCCCUCAAUGAGUCGUAUCGUGAGCUAUCACCCGAACAACAAGCUGCUGUUGCUGAGGGCAAAACCAUUAUACCGGCCAAUGAGUAUAUACAAUCUGUGGCCCGUUGCUUGCAAAUGAUGUUGCGUAUUGAUGAAUAUCGUUUUGCUUUCGUCAGUGUCGACGGCAUUAGCACUUUAAUACGUAUUUUGUCAUCUCGUGUCAACUUCCAGGUUCAAUACCAAUUAGUAUUCUGUUUGUGGGUAUUGACUUUCAAUCCUUUGUUGGCCACCAAAAUGAACAAAUUCAGCGUUAUUCCCAUUUUGGCUGAUAUUCUUAAUGAUUGUGCUAAGGAAAAGGUAACUCGCAUCAUUUUGGCUGUCUUCCGCAAUUUGAUCGAAAAACCAACCGAUACCCAAGUUGCCAAAGAACACUGCAUUGCCAUGGUCCAAUGCAAGGUCUUGAAGCAAUUGUCCAUUUUGGAACAACGUCGCUUCGACGAUGAAGACAUCACCUCCGAUGUCGAAUAUCUUACUGAGAAACUGCAAAACUCUGUACAAGAUCUUAGUUCAUUCGAUGAAUAUGCCACUGAAUUGCGUAGUGCUCGUUUGGAAUGGUCUCCCGUACACAAAUCUGCCAAAUUCUGGCGUGAAAAUGCUCAACGUUUGAAUGAGAAGAACUACGAAUUGUUGCGCAUUUUGGUACAUCUUUUGGAAACAUCUAAGGAUGCCAUUAUUUUGUCCGUCGCUUGCUUCGAUAUUGGAGAGUAUGUUCGUCACUAUCCCAGAGGAAAACACGUUUUGGAACAAUUAGGUGGUAAACAAAUUGUUAUGCAAUUGUUGGGUCACGAAGAUCCCAAUGUACGUUAUGAAGCUCUUUUGGCAGUACAAAAAUUGAUGGUGCACAACUGGGAAUAUUUGGGCAAACAACUUGAAAAGGAUAGCGAAACCCAAAAGCAGGGUUCAGCCCCUAUUAGCGGCAAGGCUUAAACUAUGUGCAACCUGCCUCAAACUUAAUCAUAUAAAUACUAUUAAAAUAUACUAAAAACAGCAACAAUAAUUAAAAUGAAAUGUUAUUUAAAAUAUAAGUUAAAAAAGCAACUCCCCAUUAACAAAUUACAUAUUUAAAAUAAGUUCGUGUUGUUUUUUAUCGUGCGAAAUCAUUAUAUUAACCACAACAACUAUGGCUCUCCUGGAAAAGUAGCUUCUCCUUUAUUGUUUUAUCAAAAUCAUUCCAAAAUUUGUUUUAUUUUUUUUUUUAAUAAGAUUGUGUGCAAAAAUUUUUAAAAAUUUGUUGUGUUUGUAAAUAUUCUUAACUCCAAAAAAAAAAAAUCUUUGUGACUUGUUAAGACAUAUUCUUGUCGUCCUUUAUUGAAAAUAAAAAAGUAUUGUAAACUGUAGUUAAACAAAUUAAAUAAAUAUCUAUAUAAUAAAUGCA